AUGCUUUAUUGCUGAGUCAGCAGAUAGAGGUCGGGCCGAGACAACGGGAUUGUUCGCGCUUCAGCUCUGGGUUCUUGGCUAACUGGGGGGUGAAGACAGUGUCUACAGUAUAAAGAACAUGGCUCAUCUGCCACAGGACGAGCUGCCGUCAGAAUUUGACGUCGUGGUAGACGGAACUGGACUAGUACAGAGUAUACUGGCAGCUGCACUUUCUAGAGCCGGGAAAUCAGUGCUUCACCUUGAUCGCAAUUCCUACUAUGGAGAGCUGUGGGGUAGCCUCAUGCACAGGGAAAUGCAGCAGUGGAUGGCCGAGCACAGGUCACGUGAUCCCGAGACCACACCCCUUGAAUCACGUGAUCCACAGCCCCACCCUCCUCCCUACGUCCCCUGCGAGGGAGAGAGUGUGUUGGAGAUAGUUCGACCUCCUCUUCCUUCCUCAGUCACUAACCUGGUGGAGCUCAUACACACACAGGGAGGGGAAAGCUGUGGUGGUGAGGACGUGGAAGGUGUGACUAGUGAACAUGACACUGAGGAGGGUGCUGUUGGUGAAGGUGGGAGUGGAGAUUGUGAGGAGAGUGCUGUUGGUGAUGGUGGGAGUGAUGAGACGGAUAAAGCUAAUGUUGAUGAAGCUCCGCCCACUACACAACAAAGUUCGAAGGUCACCUGGCAGUCUCUUGAACCGGAAUGGAGACGAUUCAACUUUGACCUCAUUCCAAAGGCAAGAGGAAAAACUCUAUCAUCUAUCGGUGUUGAUGUGUGUGGUGUUCAGUUGAUCUUCUGUCGGGGAGAGAUGGUGGAUCUGAUCACGGAGAGCAGCUGCAGUCGCUACAUAGAGUUCAGGGCAGUCAGCGGGAUAUUCAGAGGGGUGUACAGUCUUUUGACAAAAACAGGAGAGGAAAGCUGUGGUGAUGAGGACGUGGAAGGUGUGACUAGUGAAGGUGACACUGAGAAGAGUGCUGUUGGUGAAGGUAACUACUCUCAUGUUCUAUCGAAGUUUCAGAGCGCCAUAUCUCUCACAAGGCCCAAUGUGUACCGACGAGGAGCAGAGCAGCAGAAAGGGAUGGGAUGGUGCCAAGAGGCUGUGAACGUAUGCGUGUCAGAUCGCGCGAGAUGUCUGCAGCUGCACACAGACUCCCAUCAUCCCAGAUGCUACCACGUACAGAGAAAGAGUCAGAGUGAGUUCCACAGCGACCUGUUUCCAGACACUGCCGGCAGUGAACCAGCCUCACUGCAGACCAGUGGUGCCAGGGACAAAAUGGGAAGGGAGGGACGCUGCAUCGAAGCACACACAUUGAGAAAGCUGCCUAAACUGAGUGUGGCAGUGCCUGGAGACAGCAAUGGCUUCCAGCUGACUCACACAGGUCGUCAGGACACGGACGAAGUUCUGAUGUUUCAGAAUUCGGCAAAUAUCAUGGACUUUGUCUUCGAUCCUUUCAACAACCACAGACUAGUAGUAGCCUGUGAUGAUGCCAGGAUCAGGGUGUGGAAGUGCCAGAAGGAGGCAGAGGAGGCACAAUCAAAGAACCAGAGUUCUUCCUCAUCGGCCACCAGGAGAAGCCCAACCUCCGUGUUUCCACCCCAGGCUCCUCUCUCCUGGCCACUGCUGGGUUGACUGCCACUCUUCAUCUGGGACCUUGAGGAGAGAGCAUCUCACUCAGGAUGGACCCUCUCCCUCAACCUCGUGUUUGCCAUGUUGGAGUACAGAUGGUAAACUCCUAGCAACCAUCUCCAGGGAUCACGUCAUCAGAAUAUCGACCCAGCGAAAUCCACCUCCCGUUAACGAGGGUGUGGGGCCAGAGGGUAGCACGUGCGCCCGCACUCGUUUGGCUAAACAACACUCGCUUAGUGUGUCUGGAUCAACAAGACAAGUUCUCGGACCAUUUCUCUGUAUGUGACCUCUGACCUCUCGCAACCUUUGUCCUCUGUAUCUACCACCAUCUCCCCGGCAACGCUCGUCCCUCACUAUGACCCAGACACCUGUCUCCUCUUCCUCUCCGGGAAAGUUAGUCUUUUCUUCCCUAUUUUCUGGUAUCAAUCCAUAAGCUUAUCCAACACCCACACAAAUGCAGUUGGCAUGCAGUUAAACUCUUGCACUGGGAAUUACGUUUUUUGGCUUCAGAUCUCAUGGAUUUUGCCUCAGUAUGUGUCUUAUUCCCCAGGGAGACAGCUCUAUCAUUGCCUAUGAGUAUGUGGAGGAUAAGGAGCCAUAUCUGUUUGAUGUUGCUCCAUUCGCAUGUGGAUCCCCACACCAGGCUGUGAGUUACCUGCCCAAGUACCUGUGUGAUGUGAAGCGAGUGGAGAUAGCAAGAGCUGUCAGACUCUGCAAGGCUACUGUUGAACCCAUCUUCUUCAAGGUCCCCAGGACUAGGACGGAGUAUUUCCAGGAUGAUGUGUACCCGGAGACCAGAGUGACAUGGGAGGCAGCUCUGACCAGUCAGGAGUGGCUCUCUGGGGAGGAUGGAGUCCAGUCUUCCCUCAGUCUCAGACCUCAUGACAUGGAACCUUUGAGUGAGGCUCCAAAGGCAGCACCAGCUCCCAAGAAGUAUCAGAGUUAUAACCCAGACUUCAAGACUGAUGAGGAAAAGAAAGAAGAGUUGAUGUCGGCCAUGAUAGAGAAGAUGGGAGAUCAAGAUGAAGACCCUCUACCUCAAGAGGCCAUGGACGGCUGUGAUAGUGACGAGUGGAGUGACUGAACUCCGUAACAUCUUUUUGUUAGUGUGUAUAUACUCAUUUUUUCACCAUGCAUGAGCAGUGGGUGUGAACCAAUGAGGUCAAUUCGUUGCUCUACUAAAAUUAUUAUGAACUCCCAACUUGCUUAGAUAGGACAA